AUGAGCUGCUUAAAUGACCACAUAAGUGAAAAUUUGCGCAAAAGCAAGAAGGAGAACAUUUUAGCCUUCCACAAAUACAUUUUUGAGAACGAGGGUGAUAGAGGCAACCGCCAACGACUUCGAGAUUUUUCCGGUUUUGACUUCGACGAAAGCUCGGAAAAUUACUUAGCGAAGGAAAGGUACGUGCAGGAAAAUCUAAACGAACGCGAUCUGGCAUCAAUUUGCAAUGUGUUGAACAUCACCUACAACGUAGACGACGUCGGACUCCACACAAAAAAAAAACUUGACGACGAAGACGAAGAUGGCGAAGUAUAUGUAAGCGGCAGAUCCACACGAAACGACGAGUUUGUUGCAGAACAAAACGGAAUGCAAAACUCGCCGAAUUUUGCAAAAAGUGCAGACAAAGAGAAGUCGACAAAACUUUGCAACGAGGUGGCAUCACCCAGAUUUUCUUUUAGUUUUCGCGACAUGGAAGACUCGAUUCGCACCUUUGACGGUACUAACUCAAUUUCAAUCGAGUCGUGGUUAACUGAGUUUGAUGAACAAGCUUUAAUAAUGUGCUGGAACGACGUUCAGAAGUUGAUAUUCGCGAAAAAAUCGCUGAAAGGAACAGCUAGAUUGUUCAUGAUGAGUGAGAGAGGUUUGAGCACCUGGAAUGCGCUUAAAAUUGCUCUCCUAAACGAAUUCAAAACUAUUGUGAACAGCAAACAAAUUCACGAGCAGUUGAGCAAAAGCAAACGCGCAAAGGACGAGUGUAGUUUCGCUUACUUGUACCGAAUGAAGGAUCUGGCAAUUCGCGGUGAUAUUUGUGAUUCGGUUUUGAUUCAAUACGUAAUUGAUGGCAUAGACGAUUUUUCAAUUGACAAAACUCUUCUAUACGGUGCCAGAAAUAUCAGUGAGUUCAAAGAGAAGCUGAAAUGUUACGUCACAAAGAACGAGCGUGAGAAAGUGUACGAUCGCGAAAAACCAAAGCAAAGCGACGACGUGAUUCAAAGCAAAAAAGUGCCAGCACCAAACAAGAACUUUAAAAAAGAGGCUACUUGCUACAAUUGUGGUGAGAAAGGACACCUGUCCAAUAAUUGCAAAAACAAAGAGCGCGGCACUAAAUGUUUUAAGUGUAACCAGUACGGACAUAUUUCGCGCAAUUGUAACGAAAACGAAAAAGCCGAGAGCAACAAAGUGAACACCCAUCGAGUGCGGUCUAAAAGUAAUCUUACAAGCAAAGAAGUUGUUCUAGCUAACGAAAAGUGUGUAGCUCUGUUCGACACCGGAAGCAAAUUCCACCUGGUUCGCGAAGAUCUGUACAACGGUAUACAACGUCCGAGACUGCAAGACUGUAGUGUAUCUCUAAUUGGUUUCGGUAGCGAGCGCGAAGCGAACAAUAUACGUCCAAUUGGACUUUUCAAAGAGACGAUUUUCAUUGACAAUAACGAGUUCGAAUUGGACUUUUACGUUGUUCCAAUCGGUUGCAUGGAUUUUCAAUUGAUUGUCGGCGAAGAAAUCUGUUUACAUGCUGAAAUUAUUUUCAACCGCGACGGUUUGCAAGUGCGAAAGAUGCCGAGUCCGGUAGAACAAAAUAAUCUAAUCAACGUGAUGAAAAUCGAUGUCGUAGAGAAUUCCAACGAACUUAAUAUCAACGAGCAAGCAAGUAUGUUUGCCAAAAACGAAGUACGCAAAAUCAUACACAACUACAAACCGCUUCACCUGAAGACCACCAAAAUCGAGAUGCGCAUUAUCCUGAAGGACGAGACCCCGAUAUUUGCCAGACCAAGGCGCUUGCCUUUUGCUGAGACACGUUUGGUAGAGGAGCAGGUUGACGAAUGGCUUCAAACUGGAAUCAUAGAAGUGUCUGACUCCGAGUUCACCAGCCCAGUGGUAAUGGUAAAAAAGCGUGACGGCUCUCCAAGACUUUGCAUCGACUUUCGCAGGAUCAAUAAGGUAAUCGUUAAAGACCAUUUCCCCUUGCCUUUAAUCGACGAUCAGCUGGACAGACUCCAAGAUGCCAAGAUUUUCCACACGAUCGAUUUGAAAAAUGGAUUUUUUCAUGUUCCUGUCUCAGAGCCCAGCCGAAAAUACACAUCCUUUGUCACACAAAGUGGACAAUAUCAGUUUUUAAAGGUACCUUUUGGCCUUUCAAACUCUCCUGGCGUUUUCCAGCGGCAUGUUAACGCAAUUUUUCGUGAGCUGACUCGCAAAGGCGUCGCUCUGCCUUACAUCGAUGACGUCAUCAUACCGGCUAUGGAUGAAGAAAGCUCAUUGCGUAACCUGAGGGAGCCUCUCACUGAUCUAACGAAGAACAACACAAAAUUUGUCAUGGGUCCCAAAGAAGAAAUGUCAGUAAGCCAAUUGAAGUAG